AUGUUGGAAGGACUUGUUGCCGGCCUGCUCAACAGGUUUCUGGGCAUGUACGUCAAGAACUUCGACCCUGCACAACUCAAGGUUGGAAUAUGGUCUGGCGAUGUCAAGCUCAGGAACCUCGAGCUGCGGCGGGAGGCUCUCGAUCAGUUGAAGCUUCCAAUCAACGUUAUGGAAGGCCAUCUCGGCGAGCUGACCCUCGUCAUUCCUUGGUCCAACUUGCGCGGCGCUCCCGUUAAAGUCUUCAUCGAAGACGUCUUCCUGCUAGCCUCUCCCAGGGAGGAGGCUGCUUACGACGAAGAUGAAGAAGCUCGGAGAAAACAAAGAAUAAAGAUGGAAAAGCUUGACUCGGCCGAGCUUCUCAAAGAGAGAUCACAGGAAGGCUUGAGCCAGGAGGAACAGCAAAAGAGCCAGAGCUUUACCCAAAGCCUGGUGACAAAGAUCGUUGACAACCUGCAGGUUACGGUCAAAAAUAUCCACAUCAGAUACGAAGAUUCCAUCUCUGCGCCGGGGCACCCUUUUGCCCUCGGUGUCACCUUGGAGGAGUUCAGUGCCGUCAGCACCGAUGGUCAAUGGAAGCCGACAUUUAUCCAGGAUUCUACCAAGAGCACCCACAAGCUCGCAACUCUCGGCGCCCUUGCCGUCUACUGGAACACAGAUUCAGAGUUGCUAGGCCCUGGCAGAGAAGUCUCCACAGACGAAAACCCGCCUAUGCCGCAUGAUGAGAUGGUUGCCAAGUUCAAGACCCUGAUAGCGUCAACAGAAGACACGGAGCUCAACCACCAGUUCAUUCUGCGCCCAGUCAACGGAAAGGCCAAGAUCGUUCUCGACAAAAGUGGCGACGUACAUGCGCCUAAGGCCAAAGCGAGCUUGCUCUUUGAGGAAAUUGGUUUGGUUAUCGAUGAUGACCAAUACCGUGAUGGCUUGAUGAUGGUGGAUCUUUUCCACUACUUCAUUCGUCACCAGGAAUAUAAAAAGUUCCAGCCAAAGGGUGUCACGCCUAAAGAGGAUCCCAGGGCAUGGCUCAAGUUUGCAGGCAAUGCGGUACUCCACAAAAUCCAAGAGAAAAACCGCAGGUGGUCAUGGGACUACUUCAGAGAGCGUCGCGACGACCGGAAACGCUAUAUUGAGCUCUUCAAGAAGAGGAAGCAGCAACAGCAGCUAUCACCUCAGGAAAAUGACGACCUCAACAGCCUAGAAAUGAAGCUUGACUACGAAGAUUUGCGGUUUUGGAGGUCAUUGGCACGCAACCAGUUGAAAAAAGAGAACGCUGAAGCUCUCAAGAAUCAGCCCCCCAAGCAGGAGCAGCAAGGUUGGAUGUCAUGGGUUUGGGGUGGAGGCGCAAAACAUCAUGAACAGCCCCAGAACACUGACGAGAACACGCAGAUCACGGAGGAGCAACGCAAGGAGCUGUACGAUGCCAUUGACUGGGACGAAAAGACAGCUAUCGCUGAGUCUGUCGAUGUUCCUCGAAACUCAGUCAAGAUGCAAGUCGAAGCAUGGCUGAGCACUGGUAGCUUCACCCUAAAGAAGAGCCACAACGGCAAGAGAAGUGAUCUUCUGAGUCUUCACUUUGAUGUUUUCAAGGCCAAGGUUCUGCAGCGCCCUGAUUCUUUUCUUGCCGACGUCAGCCUCGGCGGGCUCCGUGUCAACGACGGCACCACGCCCGACUCUCUUUUCCCAGAGAUUGUCCGCGUCAAAGACGCGCCUGAUGGCCAGGAGCGCAAGCGUCUGACCAUUGAAGAGUUGGAAGAAAACGAUGAAGAGCCCUUCUUCCGAUUUGAAGUUGAACAGAAUCCUAUAGACCGGGAGGGAGACAUAGCGCUCUCUGGCUCUCUCAAACCCCUCGAGAUUGUGUGGAAUCCAAAUUUUGUUGUUGGUGUCGCCGACUUUUUCCGACCACCCGAGAGGCAUAUGGAAUCCAUCACAGCUCUGAUGGAGACUGCUGGCGCUACAGUCGAGACGUUCAGGGAACAAACUCGGGCAGGUCUCGAAUUUGCCUUGGAGGAGCACAAAACCAUCAAUGCCCAGCUUGAUCUGCAAGCUCCUCUCAUCAUUGUGCCGGUCAGUAUUGCUGUCAAGGAGUCAACUUGUCUGAUUCUGGAUGCUGGUCAUAUCAGCGUCAACAGCGAACUGGUUGAUCACGAAACCAUGAAGCAGAUUCAGUCUAAGCAGCGCCAAUCAUACACGGAUGAGGACUUCAAGCGCUUGGAGUCUGUCAUGUAUGACAAGUUCUUGGUCAAGCUCUCUUCGACACAGGUGCUAAUAGGACCGUCCAUUGAGGUGACAAAGGCUCAACUGGUGGAGAAGGACGACAAACAACAUCUCCACGUCGUGGAACGGAUCAACGUCGACUUUGUUGUCGAAACAUCAAUCCUUCCCAAGGCUCCAAACCUUACCAAACUCAAGGUGUCCGGCCAUCUUCCUCUAUUACAUGCCACCGUCUCGGAUACGAAAUACAAGAACUUGAUGCGGAUCAUCGACGUCGCCAUCCCCAAGUUCGGCCGGGAUGACCAGCAGGUACAAAUCAAAGACUCGGAGGGUCAAGCUGUGACGACUCGACCCCGGGGGCUGAGUACAGCAUCAACUCGCUCGCGAUCUCGUAAGGAGCCUUCCCGACGAAGAUCCUCGCAGUUCCCUUUUAUGCAACAACAGACUGCCAUCGUAAUCGAUGAAGAUGACGACGACAGUGAUGAAUUUGAGGACGCCGACGGCGGCCGAGACAACAAGGAGCAGCUCAAGCUGCAGCAGCGUUCUUUCGAGUUCAAGUUCAAGGUCGAUACCCUCAAGGGCUCACUCUAUCGCAGCGAUCCAGACAAGAAGAAGCCAGAUGCGCUCCUCGUCGAGCUUGUUGCUGAAAAUUUCGAUCUUCUUUUCUACUUGCGGCCGUAUGAUAUGUCAGCCGAGGUUUCACUUGGUUCGGUGACGAUGGAUGACUUUGUCGACAACCCUUCAGCAGAAUUCAAGUCGAUUGUGUCGUCAGGAGACCCGGAUGACCGUGAACAAAACCGCAGUCUUGUCAACGUCAAGUUCACCAGAGUGAACCGGCAGUCACCUGAAUUCAUGACAGUAUACGAAGGCGUGGAGACAAAUGUCACGGCUGCAAUAUCUACCAUCAAUCUUAUCGUAACAAGAAAAACUCUCCUUACACUCUUGGACUUCAUCUUAGCAACAUUCACCGGCAAUAACAACGAAGCAGCCUCAAAUCAAGAACAAAAGGCGAUCUCGGACUCAGAGGACGACGAGGACGGUGUCGAGAUUGCCGUCGAAGGCCCGUCAGAAGAUGCACCGGUGAACACGGGUUCUAUUAGAGUUAAAGUCGACCUCAAGAGUAUUCGUCUAAUUCUCAACAACGAUGGCAUCCGUCUGGCCACAUUGUCUUUCAAUCAUGCCGACGUUGGUGUUUUCCUCUUAGGCAAAACGAUGCGAGUGAACGCCAAGUUGGGCAACCUUAAUUUGGUUGACGAUGUCAACCAGGGUGUUUCUGAAGAGUCAAACUUACGAAAGCUCAUUUCUAUUCAAGGAGACGAGCUUGCCGACUUCCGAUACGAGACGUUCGAUGCCACCAACAAAAAAGCCUAUCCUGGAUACGACUCCUCAGUUUACCUUAGAGCUGGCUCCGUCAAGCUGAACUUCAUGGAGGAGCCAUUUAGAAAGAUCAUCCAGUUUCUAGUAAAGUUUGGAAAGAUGCAAGCCAUCUACAAUGCUGCUCGCCAAGCGGCUGCAUCCCAGGCUAGCCAAAUCCAACAGAGCACGAGCAGAUUCAAAUACGACGUUGUUGUCAAGACACCGAUCGUCGUCUUCCCUCGCGUGGUCCACCACGGCGAACCCAAGCGCGAUGUCAUCACCGCGUACUUGGGAGAAAUUUAUGCGCAAAACAAGUUUGCCCCACUAGACGACUCUGAAAAUUCGCAGAUUGCGACCAAGAUCUCCGCAGGAAUUCGCAACAUCCGCCUAACUUCUGACUUCAACUACCCUGGCGAUCUCUCUGAAGAACUAGAGCUCAUUGACAAAGUCGACUUGGGCUUCAACGUGACUUAUGCGGAACACCAAGAUGGCUCAAAGCGCCCUGAACUUGAGAUAGAAGGCAGCAUGUCUGACUUCAACUUGAAGCUUACACAGUACCAACUUCGAUUUUUGAUGGAAAUAUCAAAGUCUGUCCCGGCUGCGUUUGCCGGUGAUGCAGAGGAGCAGAACCAAGAAGCCGAAAGAGAAGUCGAUAAGGACACCCUUCAGAGAGCAAAGUCGUUACCCAUUGAUAAGAAUAAAGCCAAUGACCAGCAAUUGGUGGAUCUUGGCCCUGAGUUGUCGCCCAAGGACAAGGCAUGGACGAAGCUUGAUUUGGUAUUCCAAGUCAAUACCAUUGGCAUGGAGCUUCUCUUAGCACAUGAGGACAAGCCUGUUGGCAAGCUUGAAAAUGCCAGUCUGUCGCGGUUUUCACUAGAUGUCACCAAGUUGAAGACUCGGAUGCUCAAUGACGGAUCGUUGGAGGGUGAAUUCCUCAUUCACGCCUUCACAAUUCACGACAGCCGGCCACGCGAGACGAAUAAGUUCCGGCGGAUUAUGACGUCUUCUAACAAGGAGGUGCAACAGCUCAUGGCUAGCAUUACGAUGUCAGGCGGACAAGACAGAAACCUCAUUGCCAUUGUUACCAUUGACAGUCCACGGAUCAUCUUUGCGUUAGACUACCUAUUCGCUAUCCAGAACUUCAUUAUGGUUGGCUUGCAAUCCGAAGAGCCUUCAAUUGUUGAUGACGAGUCACUUCUGGAGACGCCGGAUGAGUCUGAUGCGGACGCGGACUCAAUGCAAGUAACUUGGUCAAAGGCCAAGUCUCAGAAGAGCAGCAAGGAAGAUACAGAAGAACAACAAGGCAGUGCUGAGGAUAAACCCCAAAGUACUUUGAGCAUUGCCUACAGGGUGAACAUUGUCGAUGCCCAAGUCAUCCUGAUCGCCAACCCACUAAGCGCUAGCUCCGAGGCCAUUGUUCUUGGCACCAAACAGGUACUCCUAUCUCAACAGCACGCCUUGACAUUCCAGGUAUCUGAAGUUGGCAUGUUCCUCUGCCGCAUGGACCGGUUUGAAGACUCACGUCUCCGGAUCAUCGAUGACUUCUCAGUCCAAAUGUCAAUGGACAGCUCGAAACCAAAUGUCACUAGCAUUCAUGCCGACAUUGAGCCAUUGAUUUUGAGACUUUCUCUGCGAGAUAUUCUUCUUGCGCUGCAAAUCGCCAGCAAGGCUACUGAGCUUUCUGAUCAACAGCCCAAAGACACCAAAUCUGCGUCUGCCGUGGAUGAGAAAGCACGACAACUCCGACAGGCCGGUCUCAAACAACGAACAGCCAGUGGGAAAGGUCCUUCGACUAUUGCCAACAAGACUGUAGUGUCCAAAACGGCGAAGGUUGCCGCAAGUCAGGCUGCGCAGGACCAUGCAGAGGCCAACCCUCAACCACGACGACACGAAGAGCUCUUCGCCACCAUCGCAGGCAUUCGUGUUGUUCUUAUCGGCGACGUUCACGAACUUCCCAUUUUGGAUCUAGGCAUCAAGAACUUUACCGCCACAGCGGAAGACUGGUCAUCCAAUCUCAAGGCCGAAACCGCCAUUGACCUAUACACGAACGUGUACAACUUCUCCAAAUCCGCCUGGGAGCCGUUGCUUGAGCCUUGGCAAGUGGGCAUUGGCAUGGCAAAAGACUCGCAGUCUGGCCUCAUGUCCAUCGAUGUCGCUUCCAAGAAGAUUUUUGAUGUUACACUCACCACGGCGACCAUUGCUUUGGCGUCCAAAUCUUUUGCUUUCCUCAGCCGGGAUGAAGACGUCCUCGGCAAACCACGCGGUGUUGAUGCACCGUACCGUAUCCGCAACUAUACUGGAUUCGAUGUGGUGGUGCAGUCCAAGAGCUCAACAACUGACGAUAACAUGACGGUUCGCCUCGAAGAUGGCCAAGAAGCGCCUUGGAGUUUUGAACCGUGGGAGAAGAUGCGUGAAAAUCUGGCGGCUGAGACCAAUACUGGUACCGUCGGCAUUCAUUUAGAAGGAAGUGGUUUCGACCCUGUCAAGAAUGUGCGGCUGAACAGGGAGGGUGAGGGCAUUUACGGCCUGAAGCCCAAGACAGACAACAUUUUACAUCGUCUUCUUGUCGAAGUUACUUUGGGUAAGGACAAUGUCAAAUAUGUCACUCUCCGAUCACCUCUUCUCGUCGAGAACCAUACCCAGAUUCCAGUUGAGCUGGGUGUCUAUGACGCUCAAGAGGGGCAUCUACUCAAGAUUGAGAAGAUUGCUCCCGGAGAAAGUCGGCCAGCACCAGUUGGGGCAGCGUUCCUUAAAUCUUUGCUUGUACGGCCCGACUCUGGUUUUGGUUACGCGUGGUCAUCUGAAACUCUUUGGUGGAGAGAUCUUUUGAAGAGACCUACCCGGACCAUGGUUUGCAAAGGCGAAAAUGGUGAUCCAUUCUACUUCCAACUCAACGCUACAUACGACAAGUCGAAUCCGUUAACCAAGAACUACCCCUACAUGCGAAUCAAGCUUUCUCCGCCUGUGAUUCUCGAGAACCUGCUUCCGUACGACUUCAAGUACCGAAUCUACGAUAAAAACACCAAGAAGGACUGGGCAAACUUCCUUCGCAAAGGUGGUCUCAGCCCAGUACAUGUGGUGGAACUGUCUCACCUACUUCUUCUCAGUGUCGACAUGCAAGACACUGUCUUCAAGCCUAGUGACUUUGCCAUCAUCAACUCUGGACAGUCGGAUGACUUCAAGAAAGAAGAUAGGCUGAUUUGCAAGGACGAGGACGGCUUACAACUCAAUCUCAAGCUUCACUACCACAAGAUCCCCGACAGCGGUGGAGCUUUCCGAGUUACAGUCUACAGUCCCUACGUGAUAUUGAACAAGACUGGUCUUGACUUGCAUAUCCGAGCAAAGGGCUUCUUGCAGGGAGCGAGGCCUGCUGCAGGCCAGUCAACCUUGUCGUUCAGAUCCGAAAGAGAUCGACCCAAGGCAACACCUUUCAUGUUCUCUUACGGCAAUGAUGACCACAGAAACCGCGCGCUGUUGCAAAUUGCUGAUUCCGAAUGGAGCAAACCGCAGAGUUUUGACGCUAUUGGAAGCACAACUGAGGUAGUCUUGCUGUCCCCAUCCAGGAAUACCGAGGUGCACAUCGGUAUCACCACCGAAGCAGGUGAAGGUAAAUACAAAAUGACGAAGGUUGUUACCCUGGCUCCGCGGUUUGUUUUGGAAAACAAACUGGGAGAAGAAAUCAACGUCAGGGAGUCCAGUUCGUCGGGCUUCAUGACACUUAAACCAGGUGCACACCAGCCGUUGCAUUUUAUGCAGAAAACGGCUAUCAAGCAGCUUUCACUCUGUCAUCCGGGAAUGAACAACCAGUGGACUUCUCCUUUCAACAUCUCAGAUAUUGGCACGACACAUAUCAAGAUUGCCAAGGCGGGUCAGAGGCAACGACUGAUCCGCGCAGAGAUCUUGAUGGAGGGCGCCACCAUCUUUUUGCAUUUGAGCAUGGAAACGAAGAACUGGCCCUACCAGAUGAGAAACGAGAGUGAUACCGAGUUCACUUUCUAUCAAGCGAACCCUAGUCUGGAGGAUGAUGGCGUCGAAGACAGGUCCGGCUGGAGGCCUAUCAAGUACCGUCUGCCCCCUCGAAGCAUCAUGCCGUAUGCAUGGGACUUCCCCGCCGCCAAGUUCCGUGAGAUCAUUAUCAAUGUUCACGGCAAAGAGAGGCAUGUCAAACUCGCGGAAAUCGGCAAUCAGAUCCCAAUGAAGUUCACCACCCCUUCAGGUCAACAAAAGAUCAUCGAUAUCAACGUCGCUGCAGACGGACCCACUCAAACGUUGAUCCUGUCAAACUUCCGGCAAUCCAAGAGUCUUUACAGACAAAAGUCGAAGUCUGGUUCCCGUAACAGUACCGAUGGUUUCGAGGUCAAGGAUCAAGAGACGACUGCAACAUUCCGAGCCCAGUUGAAGCUUUCAGGCAUCGGUGUUUCGCUCAUCAACUCACAGCUGAAAGAGCUUGCAUACGUAACUUUCAGAGAUGUCUCUCUUCGUUACCACGACUCGCCUCUCCACCAAACUGUCAGCUUUUCGGUGAAGUGGAUUCAAGUUGACAAUCAGCUUUAUGGCGGGCUCUUCCCCAUGAUUUUAUACCCCAGUGUUGUUCCCAAGAGGGCUCAAGAGGUCGAUGCACACCCGUCCCUUCACGCAAUGGUUACCAGGGUUAAGGAUGAUUCUUACGGAGUACUGUAUAUCAAGUACGCCACCAUAUUGAUGCAGCAAAUGACGAUCGAACUCGACGAAGACUUUGUCUACGCUGUGCUCGACUUUUCCAACAUUCCAGGUGCCGCAUGGUCCGACAGCGACGUGGAAGGCAAGCUAUGUGAUGAAGAGCUGGAUAUUCCCGAGCCAAACCAACAACAGUCCGGCCAAGACAUCUACUUUGAACUGUUAAACAUCCAGCCCAUGCAACUAGACCUCUCCUUCAUGCGCACAGAACGUGUCAAUGCUGAAGACAAGACAUCAUCCCGAAAUCCCUUGAUGUUCUUCCUCAACGUCAUGACUAUGGCCAUUGGCAACGUCAACGACGCCCCAAUCCGGCUCAACGCUCUCAUGUUGGAUAAUGUGCGAGUAUCUGUUCAGGCGUUGACGCAGAACAUUUCUAACCACUACAGCCAAGAGGUCCUGUAUCAAAUUCACAAGAUCCUCGGAUCUGCUGACUUCCUUGGUAACCCUGUGGGAUUGUUCAACAACAUCAGCUCAGGGUUAACAGAUGUUUUCUACGAACCCUACCAAGGCCUUAUUCUCUCAGACAAGCCAGAGGAUUUUGGUUUGGGCGUUGCGAAAGGAGCCGCAUCCCUGGUGAAGAAGUCCGUUUAUGGCUUCACUGAUUCCUUCUCCAAAUUCACAGGCAGUCUUUCCAAGGGUCUUGCAGCUGCAACUCUUGAUAAGCAGUUCCAAGAUCGUCGCCGCAUCACUCGGGCGAGAAAUCGUCCCAAGCACGCUCUUUACGGUGUCACCACUGGUGCCAAUUCUCUCUUCACGAGUGCUGCAUCUGGAGUCGGCGGACUGGUGCGCAAGCCACUUGAGGGUGCCGAACAGGAGGGCGCUCUCGGUUUCAUCAAGGGCAUCGGCAAGGGCGUGGUCGGAUUCGCUACCAAGCCAGCCAUCGGUGUCUUGGACAUGGCAUCCAACGUUUCUGAAGGCAUCCGCAACACAACUACCGUCUUUGAUGGUUCGGAGCUUGACCGCGUCCGCCCCGCACGAUUCGUACCUGCGGACGGCAUCGUACGACCAUACAAUGCUCGAGAAGCCCUCGGCCAGUCUUGGUUGAAACAAGUCGACAACGGCAAGUAUUUCAAUGAAAAUUACAUCGCUCAUCUAGAGUUACCCCGUGAAGACAUGGUGGUCAUGGUCACUUAUGCACGAAUCCUACUCAUUCGAAGCCGACGCCUGACAUCAGAAUGGGAUGUGCCUUUGAAGGACGUUCAGACAAUUGCCAAAGAACGAACGGGUCUUAGUCUUACCCUUAGAGGAGGUACCAACGGGCCCUUCAUCCCCAUUGGCGAUGAGAGCGGCCGUGCUUUCUUAUAUAAGAUGGUUGCCGUCGCAGUAGAGGAGUUCAACAGAAGGUUUAGGGGGUUGGAAUAA